CCGCGUGACAAGUCUACGAUGAAAAUACUUUUCUUCAUGGUACGCAAAGUCCACGCUCUUCGUCACCACCAUAAAACGGUAAAAUAAAUAUUCUUCACCUUCUCCACUUCCAACGCGCAACAAUAAAAGAUUUUCUCACCUAACCUUCAGCUCAUUUUCUCUCCGUUUCUCCCUCCCCAAACACUCCUCGUAAAUUCAAAACACAACAGAACAGCCAUAACACCAUGCUCGAUUUCGGCGACGAACUCACAAUUGGAACCUUCAAGAUUCCGUGGCUCAUCUGGAUCCAGAUUCUCAUCCUCCUCCUCCUCAUCGUUCUCCUCUACUGCUUCAGCCUUGUCUCCUCUGAUUUCGAUAGCUCCAACAGCCGCGUCAAGAACUCCGCCUUAGCUUCUCCUUCCUCCGCCUCUUCUUCCGUGUCCAUCGAUUCGACUCUUGACGAGAAGCCGGCUUUUAAAUUCAACUCUACUGUCACUCACAGCUUCCAGCCUUCUCAGAUAACGAUAUUGGACCAGUAACAUAACAGGGUUUACAAAAUCGUCGCAGGUCGGAGGAUGUCGAAGUAUAAAAGGGGAAAUAUUGACGAGAACAGGUAGAAGAAUAGUGAGAGGAGAAGAGGAUACAGAGAGGGAUUCAAGUUCAAAUGGUAUGACGUAUCAUCCUUGCCAUUAUUUCAGGCUUGCUAGAGAAGCUUUUCUCAAGUGUUUAGGUUUAGACUCUGAGAAAUCUUCCAACUCAAAACAAAGAAAAGACAGAUAGUAUUUUUUCAUCAACUGAACUUAAUUUUAUUGCCUACUUAUAACCUUCAAAAUUUCUUUAAAAAAGCAAAGAAAAAUGAAAAAAAAAAUCCACUUUCUCUCA